UCGGGAUAGAAUGACUCACAAUGCCAACAAAUCUCGAUCUGGGCAGUCUGCGUUUGUCAAGUCCAUCAACUGGUCUCGACCUUGCCCUGACUAGCGGCGCCUCCAUAUCGACUUUGGCUGCUUGUUCCUUCCUCGAUACUCCGUCAAUCACUAAUAUUGAAUCUGGUCGUGUAUGGGUAGCUCCUGCGACCAGCGUCCAGCUACUUCUUGACUUCGUCUGGUUAUUUGUUCCGUCGAGUUAUGAUAUCUUAGAACAACGCCUUGUCAACACGCUUCGACGUGCAGCGCUAUGGGAUCAGCUGAGCCUUCAGCCUUCUUUGACCAUUGAACCUUCGCCGCAUCAAGAUACCUCGCUUCGUAUAGUCUUGUCAUUGACCUCUAUCUCCCAGCCUUCUUCAAACAAGAAGGCCUCGAUCCAUCGCCUGGGUAAGGACGUCCCGAUCAGUCACCUCAAACCUCCAGAUGGACUGCCACAUUGGAUUUUGGACCAAGUUCGCCUCAGGUUUGACAUUCAAACACCCUCUCGACCUCCACCAAUCAAUAAGGACGCUAUGCUGCUCGAGUGUUCAACACUGCCCGAAGCUCAAGCGACUUGUGUGUCAUCCUCAACGGACGAUGCUAAACACUGUGUUGAUCUGAUAGAUGCCGCACUUCGACUUGCAAUCACUAGUCUGCCUCCGAAAGCACUUUCGGGCAUGAAGAUCACUGAGAGAUCAUCGUUCAAACAUCUUGAUUACGUAUGUCCUGCCAUGUGGAGCCUAGGCCACAUCGAGGUAGACUCAAUGAGAAACGGUUUUGCUCAGGCUCAUACUGAUGAACCCAUAUAGGCUCUUGCUACACGAGCAGUCUUUCUGCCAACAAUCAGCCACGC